UAAGUCUAGAACUGGUUUUCUUCUUUCUUCUUGUAAAAAAACCUAAAAUAAUGGCAGCUUUUGAAGAAUUGCCGGAAGGAUGCAUUGCCGCCAUACUCUCACGUACAACUCCGCUUGACGCAGGCAGACUUUCCCUCGUAUCCAAGAGUUUCCUAUCUGCUGCCUAUUCCGAUGCUGUAUGGAAUCAAUCUCUCCCUUCCGAUCCCCAAUUCAUCGACUCCAUCAUCUCACAGUCUCCUUCCCUCGCUAACACUCCUACCAAAAAGGCGCUCUAUCUCGCUCUCUCUGAUCGCCCUAUCAUCGUCGACAACGGUAAAAAGAGUUUUCAAUUGGAUAGAAAGAGUGGGAAAAGGUGUUACAUGCUUGCUGCUAGAUCUCUCACCAUUGCUUGGGGUGAUGAUCGGCGCUAUUGGAACUGGAUUGCUAUGUCUGAUUCCAGGUUAGCUUAGCUGUUUAGGUUUUUUUUUUCUUUUUCUGAGAGAGUUCAUCCGCAAAUCAAGAAUCGAACAUGGGUUGUCCCGAACAAUUUGUCCCACAGAGAACUGAUUCACGAGUCACGACUUGAGCCCAAUUACUUAGUUAUACUAGCGAUUUGUAUUAAGUGCAGUCAUUUGCUUCGUGCAGUAGGUUGCAGGUCAUCAAGACUGUCCGAUUAAGAUCGAACGGUUCAUUGCUCACUGCAUGCAGUCAUUUAUUUGUGAUUGCACAAUAUUACCUCCCCAAUAUGUCUAUUAACUUAAUGAGAA